ACGAAGCGGAGGGGGGAAGAGAGGCAAAAAGGGAAACUUCCAGCUUAGGGUUUGCCGUGCUGAUGAAAUAUAUACUACCGCGCCCUCUUGCGCUGUUCCUCAUUUCGAUCGGGCUUCCCUUCGGUCCCUCUUCGCGAGCGAUCUCAUGGCGUUGCCGAAUCAGCAGACCGUCGAUUACCCUAGCUUUAAGCUGGUUCUUGUAGGUGAUGGAGGGACCGGGAAAACCACAUUUGUGAAGAGGCAUCUUACUGGUGAAUUUGAGAAGAAGUAUGAGCCUACAAUUGGCGUUGAGGUCCAUCCGUUGGAUUUCUUCACAAACUGUGGGAAGAUCAGAUUUUAUUGCUGGGAUACAGCUGGCCAAGAGAAGUUUGGCGGUCUUAGGGAUGGAUACUACAUCCAUGGUCAAUGUGCCAUUAUCAUGUUCGAUGUCACUGCCAGGUUAACGUACAAAAAUGUUCCAACAUGGCACCGAGAUCUCUGCAGGGUGUGUGAGAGCAUUCCUAUUGUCCUCUGUGGUAACAAGGUCGAUGUGAAGAACAGGCAGGUCAAAGCAAAGCAAGUUACAUUCCACAGGAAGAAGAACCUUCAAUACUAUGAGAUUUCUGCGAAGAGCAAUUAUAACUUUGAGAAGCCCUUCCUUUAUCUUGCUAGAAAACUCGCAGGGGACCCGAAUCUUCACUUUGUUGAAUCACCUGCUCUUGCGCCUCCAGAAGUCCAGAUUGAUCUGGCUGCGCAGCAACAGCAUGAAGCUGAGCUGGCUGCGGCUGCUGCCCAACCCCUUCCUGAUGACGAUGAUGAUGUGUUUGAUUAGAGUUUCUUGGUUCAUGUCUAUAUGCAGUAAGGUCUCAGUCUGUGUAGUUCAUCUCGCGAGGCCCCGUCUUGGAACUAUUUUAGUUUUUUCACCAGCCAUGGAGUUGAACUUUCCACGUUUACCGUUUGAAAAGUCAUGAAGACUAGUUUGAUUAAUUGAUUCAAGACUCUUUCCUUUCA